GAGCCUUGACUAUGUCAAAUCCCCCAAGAAUAUACGGUCGAGUGUUAUCAGAGAUAGCAAACUUGGUGAAGUGAUGAUCCAACAACCUUAAACUUGGUGGUAAGAGAUCGAGAAGCCUAGUUCUCAAGGCGAUUUGAAGCAUCAAUUGAUCGUCCGAUCGUUCACUUCCACCACCAUGGCUAGUCCCAUUCAUCUUGCUGUCUUCCUCUGCGAUUCGCCCAUUCCUUCUGUGCAAGAGACAGAUGGAGAUUAUACUCAGAUAUUUACUUCAUUAUUGCGAAAUUCAUCCCCGUCCACAGAGUUUGUUCUCGAUCCGUAUGACGUCCGGAAUAAGCAAGAAUACCCUGAUGAUGUCGAUAAAUACCAAGGCAUUAUCUUGACGGGUUCUGCUGCUUCCGCGUACGAGAACCUUGAUUGGAUUAACCUGCUUGUGUCGUACAUUGCCUCCAUUGCGGAAGAGAAACCACAAAUCAAGCUUCUAGGAAUAUGCUUCGGUCAUCAGAUCAUUUCGCGGGCUCUGGGCUGCGAAUGCGUCCCAAAUGACGGAAAAUGGGAAGUAGGCGUAACUCCUGUGGACUUAACGGAAACCGGCAAGCAAAUAUUUGGCACGAGUACCUUAAACAUACAACAGAUGCAUCGAGACCAUGUACCAGAGGUACCUCAAUCGUGUCAUCUUCUAGGGUCCACUUCAGUCUGCCGCAACCAAGGCUACAUCCGAUUCACACCAGGUUCUCCCUCUGCACAAUCCACCGCUAGCCCACCAUGGUCUGACACGCAGACAUGGAAGGAUAUUCAGAUAUUCACUGUGCAGGGCCACCCGGAGUUCACGAAGCGCAUCGUAGAGAAGAUUGUUGAUGCUCGCGCCGGGACUGGUGUGCUAGAUAAAGACACUGCGGAAGACGCGCGAGCUAGAGCAGAUUGGCGAAAUGAUGGCGUGGACGUUAUCGGGAAGGCGAUGUGGCGUAUCUUGGGGGCCGAUUCAUGACUCGAGAAAGGCUAGUACAAGAAUUCACAAGAGAGCUCCUUCCAGACGGUGGAUCUAUCCCUCGUCGACUCACCAGUAUCUUAUAAUAACAUCAGUCAUGAAGGAACAACGAAGCAUUAGUGUGAGUUUGAUUAUAGAUGUCAUUACAGGAUUGCUAGUAUUUACAUAGAAUAUGAAGGUAUAUAGGCAGUAAAUUGUGUAUUAGAACAAAUCUCCCGGACUAGGUACAGAGAGAGACCUCAUCUCCAUCGCCGUAGCCCCUGGCAAACAAACUUGGCGAGAU